AGGCUGCAGACGGACAGAUACAGUCGGACAGCUCAAUCACACACUGCAGACGACAAACUGCAGCCUGGAGCAGAUUAAAACCAGCAGGAUGGGCUCCAGCAGCUCCAGCGUGAACAACAUCCCCCACGCCCAGGAGCUCAUGCAGGAAACUGGCUUCUCUGCUGCCCACAUCCUCCGUCUGUACGAGAGGUUUAAGCUUCUGGACAAAGACAAGAGUGGACAGCUCAGGCCUCAGGAUUUCGUAGCCGUUCGGGAGUUGGCCCUGAAUCCGAUCGGUGACAGAAUCAUCAGCGCCUUUUUCUCUCCGCGGCAGGAAACUGUGGACUUUGCCUCCUUCGUUCGGAUUCUGGCUCAUUUCCGUCCCACAGACAGAAACCGAUCCAGAGACGGAGCCCAGCAGGAACCGGCCAACAGCAGCAUCAGGAAGCUCAAAUUUGCUUUUCAGAUGUAUGAUCAGGACAGAGAUGGAAAGAUUUCCAGAGCGGAGCUUCUUCAGUUGGUGACUGUGACUGUGAAGGUGUUGCGGGCGAUGCUGGGGAUGCAGGUGACGGAGGAGCAGCUCCAGAGCAUUGCUGAGCGAGCCAUCCAGGAGGCCGACCUGGACAGAGACGACACCAUCUCCUUCGAUGAGUUCAGAAAGUCACUGGAGAAAGUGGACAUCGAUCACAAGAUGAGUAUCCGCUUCCUGAGAUAAAGACAGAACCUGCUGAGACUUUGGGUUUUUUUUCCCGUUGAAAAGACAAUGAUCAGAUGCUUAAAUAUGGAGACACAACGAAGUGUGAAAUGUUUACAACUAGGACAAAAGAGAUCAGUGGCAGCAAGUCUUCUAGUCUGCUGUUAAUCCCAUAGGAAGAAGAAGAAUGGCAAACAACUUGUGAGUCGUGUUCUCAUGUGUUGGAAAUACUCCUUCUGGUUUAAAUUAUAAGAUAAAAGUCAAAAUUAGGAGAUAAAACGUUGAAAUUAUGAGACUGAGAAGUUAUGAGAAGUUUUGAAAUAUCACUAUUGUUUUAUUUAUCUAUUAUCUUCUAUUUUUUAUCAUAUUUGUUUUAUUUUACUUGUAGAAAUGGACUUGUAAUAUCCUGCUCCGUACAAGCAGGUUUGUUUGGUGCUGAGAAAUUAAAACCGACUGCCUGAUGAAAAUUCAUUGUGGCAGCAUUUAAAGAUAAGAAAAUGUCUGUCUGCAGCCUCUAGGACAACCUGAAUAUUUACACAGACUACAGUGGAGAUAGAAGUCAACUGUUAUAAUGGGAGAAUUUCUUAAGAAAUCUUAAAAUCAGUAUAAGUGUUGGAACAAGUAUGUCUGUGAGAAAUGUAUUCUAUUUAACUAUCCUUAAAUAAAUAACUUUAACCCUUCCA